CUGGAGUUGUCUAUUAUUACAAGCUUGCGCCUUGUCCUUCAGCUGACAUUUUAAAACUCCAUCUCUUGGAGAACGUACGUGGAGUUAUUUAUCAACUUGUUUCUACAUAAAUUUAUUCCGCCAUGUCGAAAAUCGGAAUCAACGGUUUCGGCCGCAUUGGUCGCCUGGUGCUCCGUGCCGCCGUCGAGAAGGGAGCUCAGGUCGUCGCCAUCAACGACCCCUUCAUUGGCCUUGACUACAUGGUCUACCUCUUCAAGUACGACUCCACCCACGGUCGCUUCAAGGGCACCGUUGAGAUCAAGGAUGGUUUCCUCGUCGUAAACGGCAACAAAAUCGCAGUUUACUGCGAAAGGGACCCCAAGGCCAUCCCAUGGGGCAAGGCUGGUGCUGAAUACAUUGUAGAAUCCACUGGUGUAUUCACAACCACAGAGAAGGCCUCUGCUCACUUGGAGGGUGGCGCCAAGAAGGUCAUCAUCUCUGCCCCCAGUGCUGACGCACCCAUGUUCGUCGUUGGUGUCAACCUUGAAGCCUACGACCCCUCAUACAAGGUCAUCUCCAACGCCUCUUGCACAACCAACUGCCUGGCGCCUCUCGCUAAAGUCAUCCAUGACAACUUCGAGAUUGUUGAAGGUUUGAUGACCACCGUACACGCUACCACCGCCACCCAGAAGACUGUUGACGGACCUUCCGGAAAACUGUGGCGUGAUGGCCGUGGUGCCCAACAGAAUAUCAUUCCCGCCGCGACUGGCGCCGCUAAGGCCGUCGGCAAAGUCAUUCCCGCUUUGAACGGAAAACUGACCGGUAUGGCUUUCCGCGUACCCGUCGCCAACGUGUCCGUCGUGGACCUUACCGUCCGUCUGGCCAAGCCCGCCAGCUACGAUGCCAUCAAACAGAAGGUCAAGGAGGCCGCUGCAGGCCCUCUCAAGGGAAUCCUUGACUACACCGAGGAGCAAGUCGUAUCCUCAGACUUCAUUGGUGACUGCCACUCUUCAAUCUUCGACGCUGCCGCCGGUAUCUCUCUCAACGACAACUUUGUCAAGCUCAUCAGCUGGUACGACAACGAGUUCGGCUACUCCAACCGCGUCAUCGAUCUCAUCAAGUACAUCCAGACCAAGGAUUAAAUAUUGAUAGCAGUGUAGAGAUAAAUGUUGUUAUGAAUGUUAUAUGUAUAUGAUUUUGUCGACACAGUCGGCUUUUAUUAUUUAAGCUUAAGUAUAGCAGUCAAAUCUAAAUUAUUCGACUACUUUGACAGUAGUAAAUUGAAUGUAUAAAUUAUCACAGUUCUGUAUAUUGCUAAUGAUAUCAGAAACUCACAAAUUAAACACUAAAAAUUA